UUUCCCAAAGAGAGCACCGAGCACAGAGAGAUCCGAAGUAUGAAGAGUGGCAGUGGCGCGGCUGGACUGCUCAGAAGGGGAGAACCGGACGGGCUGCAGGCGGAGGAGAGCGCCAGGGCGUUGCGCGGCGAAAGAAGCACCAGUGGAUAAAGGAUGUGCACUGCCCUUAGCCCAAAGGCCCGAGGCCCGGGCCUCUCAGAUAUGCAUCAGUAUAGUCAGUGGCUGGCCAGCAGACACGAGGCAAAUUUAUUGCCAAUGAAGGAGGAUUUGGCAUUGUGGCUGACAAACCUGCUGGGAAAGGAAAUAACAGCUGAAACCUUUAUGGAGAAGUUGGAUAAUGGUGCUUUGCUAUGUAGGCUAGCAGAGACUUUACAAGAUAAAUUUAAAGAAAACUGCAUUGAGGCCAACAAGCUUGGAAAGAUAAUGCCAGUGAGGAAAAUUCCAUGCAAAUCCAAUGCACCUUCUGGAUCAUUUUUUGCACGGGACAACACAGCAAAUUUCUUAUCCUGGUGCAGAGACGUAGGAGUGGAUGAUACUUGUCUAUUUGAAUCUGAAGGUUUAGUCCUCCACAAGCAGCCCAGAGAAGUGUGCCUCUGUUUGCUCGAGCUUGGAAGGAUUGCUGCCAGGUUUGGUGUGGAGCCUCCUGGAUUAAUAAAGCUGGAGAAAGAGAUUGAACAAGAAGAAACACUUUCAACUCCUCUUCCAUCCCCUUCACCUACUCCAUCAAAGUCACCUGGAAAAAAGAGCACAGGCAAACUCCUGGAUGAUGCGGUCAAACAUAUUUCAGAAGAUCCUCCUUGUAAAUGCCCUAGUAAAUUUUGUGUGGAGCGUCUUUCGCAAGGAAGAUACAGAGUUGGGGAGAAGAUCCUUUUCAUCAGGAUGCUCCACAACAAACACGUGAUGGUUCGUGUAGGAGGAGGCUGGGAGACAUUUGCAGGGUAUUUGCUGAAACAUGACCCGUGCCGGAUGCUGCAGAUCUCUCGGGUGGAUGGGAAAACAUCGCCAAUCCAGAACAAGUCUCCAACCAUCAAGGACAUGAAUCCAGACAGCUACUUGGUUGUUUCUGCCCAUUACAAAACCAAAAAGGAGAUUAAAUGAAAUUACUUGCUCAAUUCAUUGGGGACUGUGUAUAUGUAGGUCCACACUAUCUUCUUGAGUGUAGUCAAAUUAGUUGGCGCUUUAAAAAGAGUUGUGAAAAUCACACACAGACUGGAAAUAGCAACCCAUUUUGUGGAUUGUUGAACUGUAGAACUAUUUAUUUCUAGUACUGUACCUUUUUAUAGCAAGUUACCCUUGAUAGGUUAAUUACUAAAAUCAAAUACAGAAUAGACAUAUAUUUUUAGCCAAAUUAUUACUCUAUGAAUGUAUUCUUAGAAUGACUUAAACAAUAUGAUUCAUGUUAAAGAAAUAAAAUGUGGUAUAUAUUUGUAUGA